CCAUGUUAUUUUAUAUUAUUUAUAACGAAUCUUAUAGGGAAUAUAAUAUUUGAUAGAUUUAAAUAACAUAAAAUAAAUGUAUAAAUGUAACAUUUGGCGAGAACUUCAGCUUUUAUUCGACUUUUAUAAUAGACCCCAUAUUACCUCUCUCUUCUACUCGCGCCCUUCCCAUUUGUUCACCUUGUAUUGUAUUUAGUCCAAAAUGUCGAAUUUAGAGGUGUUUGACGUGUAAAUUGUAACAUAUUUUUUCUACAAAACUAUGAACUAAGUAGUCUAAAUAGUUUUAUUCCAAAUAUUUGUGACAAGUGUAAGAUAAGUCACUAGGUUAGAUAAUUAAAGGCAGCAUAAGGACAAGAUAAAAGUGACCCGAUGAGGUUCAGAUGUGAAACAAGUAGUUUACCUUCCAUGUAGCAUUUCUUUCGUUUAUAGACAACCCACCCUCCUUUUGCUACAUCCAGGGUGCGAUGGGAUUACUGAUAUCUAAAAUAUGGAGCCUCUUCGGGAACGAAGAACACAAGUUGGUGCUAGUGGGGUUGGAUAAUGCAGGCAAGACCACUAUCCUGUACCAGCUGCUUCUCGGCGAGGCGGUCCACACGCGGCCCACGAUCGGCUCUAAUGUGGAAGAGGUUGUGUGGAGAAACUUGCGUUUUGUCAUGUGGGACCUCGGCGGGCAACAGAGCUUGCGCUCUGCUUGGAAUACAUAUUACACUAAUAGCGAGUUCGUGAUAAUGGUGAUCGACUCGACGGACCGGCAGCGCCUGGGCAUCAGUCGCGAGGAGCUGCACCGCAUGCUGGCGCACGAGGAGCUCGGCCGCGCGUGCCUACUCGUCUACGCCAACAAACAGGACGUGAAAGGCUCAAUGAGCGCUGCUGAAAUAUCGGAGCAACUGGACCUGACGUCUAUCAAGCAACACCCGUGGCACAUACAGGCGUGCUGCGCGCUCACCGGAGAAGGGCUACAUUUAGGGCUCGAGUGGAUCGCGAGUCGGAUAAAAAAGAAAUGAUAGUCCACCGGUGCGUUAUAUACUUAUAUUGUUAACUUUUAAAUUACGUUUAAAACCAGUAGCCUUAUCACUAGCUUGACACUGAGAUGUUCUGUAACUUCUGUAGCUUGUACUUUUAUGCAUCUCCCUGUAGGGAAAUGUGGGCACAGAACGUGCGCAGAUUUUAUCCAAUAUGCCAGUGUCAAGCUCGUGACAAGACUACAAAUGACAGGAUUCCUCACGUAACUGGCAUGCAAAUCCUAACUAAUAAGUAGAUAUAAUGGAAAUCAACUUUUAAAGUGAAUUUCUAUGACGUUAUAAUUAGCUAAUAUGUUAAGUUUAUAUUGAAAAGCUGCCUGUUAUUUCAACCAGCGUCACUGGGUAUAUUAUAAUUAUAACACAUUUUAAAACUUACAUUUAAUUAUGAUUUGUUUGUAUUAAUCAUCAAAGUUGAAUAAUCCUGUUUAUAUUUCACUUCUAAACCUAGAUCAAUAGUUCUACUCCGAUGUUCUGUGUAAGGGUGAUUCUCUGUAAGGAUGUUCAACAAACAGUCCCCUGGCAAUGAUUUUUUGAAAUAUUUAUUAAUGAAAUCCUAAAUAGUUAGUAUAAUUUAAUAAAACCCAUUUGCCUUAAUUAAAUUAUACAAACUAUUUCUGAUUUUAUAAAUAAAUAUUUUAAAAAAUCAUUGCCAGGGGACUGUUUGUUGAACAUCCUUACAGAGAAUCACCCGUAAAGCAAAUGAAGGGUACAUGGAAAUAAAUCAGUCGAAUAUUUUUUUUAUGAGAUUUUAAUCUCAAAAUGUAGAGGUUUCAAUGAACUUCAUUAUGUUAUUAGACUUAUUAGUUACAACUUCGAUUGCCAUUGUGUUUGUAAAUAUAAGUUUUUUUUUCUCACUUUAAAACCUAAAUACGGAACCCUAAAACAUUACUGACAAACCGCGAUAACUGAAAAUGUUAUCAAAGUGACUAGACAUUCUUUCCGUGUGUUCCCUUCAUAUCAGGGAUGUUGCGGAGGCAGAUUUUUUGACAUCCGCGGAUGCGGAUGCAGAUGCGGAUUUUUCAAGUCCCACAUCUGCAGAUGCGGAUGCGGAUGCGGAUGCGAAUGUGAGGAUAGGCACUUACUCAGGCAUAUUAAAAACACAAAAUUUGAUCAAAGAAGUUAUAUUUAUUCAAAAAGAUAACGUUUCAUAUUUAAAAAUCUUAGAAAUUAAGAUAAAGGUGGGCCAACGAUACUAAAAAUCAUAGAAUUCUAUGAAAUAAGGGUGGAUUCCUGUUGAUGUUUGCAACUUUGCAAUAGGCGCAACCCGCGAUCCACGAAUCACAGACGUGUAACGAGACUCGUAUUGGCCAAUGGUGAAUUUACCGUGCACGUGGGCCGCGUCUAAGUCGUUCCUGUACCGACCUGUUCAACAUCCGCAUCAUGCGAAUGCUCCGUAUUGAUUUUUGCGGAGGCGGAUGCGGAUUUUGAAAAUGAUGCGGAAGUUCCGCGCGUGCGGAUGCGGAUGCGAAUAUCCGCAACAUCCCUGCUUCAUAUAUUGUGACAGUUAUGCAAUAACGAUUUCGAUGAUGAUAAGGUACAGUCACGAGCUUUAAUUUGUGACCCAUUUUCGGUAAACGUUAGAACAUUCAUAAUGCAGUAAGGUCGAAACUUUAGUGUAUCAUAAAAAGUCAUAUCUAAUCGACUCUUGAAAUGACAACCUCUUUGCAAAAAGCUAUCAUUACGGUUUUCGACAUAUUUCCUGUCAGUGUCAGUCAAGAAAAUAGUUUAAUGUGAAGGACGAACGUAAACGUCGAUAGUAAACAUUAUGGAAUUGACAGCGUUAAAAUAUUAGCUCUAAAUAGCGAAAGUUUGCUACACGAUAUUCAACCUUGGGUGGGUCCCAAAUUAAAGCUCGUGACUGUACCUCUUUGUAUGAAAAACCACAGAUACACAGUUAAAAUAUUCGAGAAUAUAUUAUGUGUGCACUAAGGGUAAUUUUUUAUGUUACGAAACUAUUAUAUGUAUAAUCACCAUUUUCCUCAAUUCACCAAUGCCAUGAAAACAUUUGAUUAGUCAAUUUUAAAUCGUCAGUAAAUUAAAAAAAUAUUAACUAAUAAUAUUACGUAACUGACUAUCUGACAAACAGGGAAUCAGGGAAAAUUACCGGUAGUGCACUAAACUCAUGAAAACAGUACAAGAACUCCUGCGACAAUAACGAAGCUGAGAGUUGCCGUGGUCGACAACAGUCAAUUAUUCUUAAUAUCGGAAUGUAUAAAUACCAAAUAAAAUUUAAUUUGGGA